AUGGACUGGAAUACGCUGCGCAGCAAGCGCAUGUCCAUUUCGGGAAUCCCGGCGCUCGCCAAGCCCCCGCUCCAGCCCCUCCUGAGGUUUGCCCGGCCCAGCGAAUACUCCUUGGGCAGCGAGCCGUAUUUGCAGCACGCCCCCGCCGAGGCCCGCCCCUCGUGCUACACGUCACAACACCCGCUUUUCUGUGCCGACUGGACGCACGGCGCCGCCGGCGAGCUCGUGGCCUUGGGCCUGUUCCGGGAGGGUUUCCAGAACCGCAUCCAGAUCGUGAGCGGCAGGGCCGACCGCGACAGAGCGGGCGACAGCAACCUAGGCCCGGGCGACAGCAACCUAGGCCCGGGCGACAGCAACCUAGGCCCGGGCAGCCGGAACGCCAGCCCGGCCGGCAGGGAACUCGGCGCCCCGGGCGGCGCCGGCAGCAGUGCCCGCGGCUCCACGUUUGACUUUGCGUGCGUCGCCGAGACGCUGGUGGACUACCCGGCAACGGCCCUCCAGUGGGAGCCGCACGGCCACGAGCGGCUCGCGGUGUCCUCGGAAGUGUUGCGGCUCUACAAGCUCGGGCUGGACUACGGCGAGCCGGCGUUGGUGCAGACGCACAUGCUUGCCAACAACUCGACGGCCAACGCCGCCAGCGGCGGCGGCAACGGCGCGGCGGCGCACGACAUCAACACGUUCCCGCCCGUCACGUCCUUCGACUGGAACGCCGCGGACCCCUCCAUCGUCAUCACGCUGUCGGUGGACACCACGUGCACGGUGUGGGACUUGUCCCGCUCCCACGCCGCGGGCAGCCACGACACGGCCCACGUCAAGACACAGUUGAUUGCGCACGACCUGGAGGUCUUCGACGUCAAGUUCCUCCACAUGAGCACCAACGUGUUUGCCAGCGUGUCCAACGACGGGUCCAUGCGCGCGUUCGACCUCCGCUCGUUGGAGCACUCCACCAUCAUCUACGAGCCCACGGGGCCGGCGCCGCCCGCGGCGGACUCGCCCGCGGCGUCCGCGCAGUACAACCCGCAGGCGCUUCUCCGGCUCCUGGCGUCCUGCGCGGACCAGCACCACUUGGCCACCGUGGGCGUGAAUCUGAACCAGGUGCUCAUCAUCGACUUGCGCAUGCCCGGCGUGCCCGUGGUCACCAUCGACGGGCUGUUCGACGGACAGAGCUCCGCCCCCAUCAACCUGCUCCAGUGGCACCCGACGGCGAACUUGCUUGCCACGGGCGGCGACGAUUGCCAGGCCUUGGUCUGGGACUGCAGCGGCAGAACGGGGCACAGGCCUGCGGCCGACAGCAAGGUGGUCAUUGACACCCCGGUGCUCGCGUACUCCGCGGACUAUGAAGUCAACACCGUGUGCUGGAGGAGAGGCUGCGACAACUGGAUGGGCGUGGUCAGCGGGAAGGGCUUCCAGGCGUUGGAAACCCAGUAG